GCGGCGGGGGCGCCGGGGCCGGGGCGGCAGCCGGGCGCCGGCGGGAGCCAGCAGCGUCUGCAGCCGCGCCGGCCGCCCGCGCCCCGGCGCGCUCGGGCCGGGCCAUGGAGCUGCCAGCUGUUGGCGAGCACGUCUUCGCCGUGGAGAGCAUCGAGAAGAAGCGGAUCCGCAAGGGCCGAGUGGAGUAUCUGGUGAAAUGGAGAGGCUGGUCCCCCAAAUAUAACACGUGGGAGCCCGAGGAGAACAUCCUGGACCCCCGGCUGCUGAUCGCCUUCCAGAACAGGGAACGGCAGGAGCAGCUGAUGGGGUGUCGGAAGAGAGGCCCCAAGCCCAAGCCGCUGGUGGUCCAGGUGCCUACCUUCGCCCGCCGCUCCAACGUGCUGACCGGGCUCCAGGAUUCCUCCGCCGACAACCGCGCCAAGUUGGAGCUGGGCGCGCAGGGCAAGGGCCAAGGCCACCAGUAUGAGCUCAACAGCAAGAAGCACCACCAGUACCAGCCGCACAGCAAGGAGAGGGCGGGCAAGCCGCCGCCGCCCGGCAAGAGCGGCAAGUACUACUACCAGCUCAACAGCAAGAAGCACCACCCCUACCAGCCCGACCCCAAGAUGUACGACCUGCAGUACCAGGCCGGCCACAAGGAGGCGCCCAGCCCCGCGGGCCCGGACCUGGGCGCCAAGAGCCACGCGCCCGACAAGUGGGCGCACGGCGCGGCGGCCAAGGGCUACCUGGGCGCCGUGAAGCCGCUGGCCGGGGCGGCGGGCGCGGCGGGCAAGGGCGCGGAGAAGGGCCCGCCCAACGGGCUGGCGCCGGCGCCCAAGGAGGCGGGCGCGGGCAACGGGCUGGGCGGCAAGAUGAAGAUCGUGAAGAACAAGAACAAGAACGGGCGCAUCGUGAUCGUGAUGAGCAAGUACAUGGAGAACGGCAUGCAGGCCGUGAAGAUCAAGUCGGCCGAGGCCGAGGACGCGCGCGCCGGCCACAAGCGCCGCGCGCCCGACGAGCGGACUUUCAAGAAGGCGGGCGCCGAGGAGAAGAAGGCGGAGGCGGCGCCGGGCAAGCGGCGCGAGGAGGCGGCGGGGCCCGAGCCGCAGCCCCCCGAGGCGGGCGCGCGCAAGCCGGCCCCGGCCAAGGAGGCGCUCGAGCAGCCCCUGCCGCUCACCACCAAGCCCGAGCUGCUGGCCUGGGACCCCGCGCGGGGCCCGCCCGCGGCCCCGCACCACGCCCCGCACGCCCCGCACACGCUGGGCCUCGGCCCGGCCCACGCGCGCAAGCGCUGCCUGUCCGAGACGCACGGCGAGCGCGACCCCGGCAAGAAGCGCCUGACGGCGCGCAGCAUCAGCACCCCCACCUGCCUGGGGGCCGGCGCGCCCGCCGCGCUCCCGCCGCCCGAGGUCAUCCUGCUGGACUCCGACCUGGACGAGCCCAUAGACUUGCGCUGCGUGAAGACGCGGGAGGCGGCGGCGCCGGCCAGCGCCCCGCGCGUGAAGCCCGAGGCGGCCGCCCCGGUGGUGGUGGCGGCGGCCACCGUGCCCCCUGCGGCUGAGAAGCCCCCCGCCGCGGCGCAGGACGAGCCCGAGGAGCCGCUGGGCGAGUUCAAGCCCUUCUUCGGGAACAUCAUCAUCACCGACGUCACCGCGAACUGCCUCACCGUCACCUUCAAGGAGUACGUGACGGUGUAAGGGCGGGCGGGCGCCCGCGUCCUAGUAUUAUCCUCUCCCGUGCUAACUCGUCCAGUGCAGGCUCCACCCCCGUUUGUACGUGGUGUUAUAUUGAAACGUAUUGUCUGAGCUCAGAAGGCCCGGCCACCCCCUUCGGGCCGAUAUAUAUAUAUACAUAUAUAUAUAUUUAUUUGUAGGUAUUUAUAUAUUGAAAUAUAAAAACCUAGAUUUAUGGAGUUUCCUCUAGAUCAUGUUAUAUUCUAUAUCAGACAAACUAUUUUCUGUUGCUGCCCCUCUCUGCGCGUUUCGGUUCAUUUCCUUUCGUCCCGGCCAGGGACUGCUAUACCGGUGACCUUGGUAUAUAUUUUUGGAUACUGUACACAUGGAUGUGUUGUUUCUAUGUGCAAAAAAAAAAAAAGUUUGUUAAAAGGCUGAAGAGCUCUCUAGAGACUGCUGCUAGACUGUCUAGGCUAAGCUCCCGACACCCCCUGCUUGAAUGUACAUAGUAAAGGAGAUUCGAAGGUG